AUGCCUCGCAAUUACAAUGGAUCAUCGUCCAUACUUCACAAACCAUACCAACUAUUCAACCACUACUUUCUACUGGAAAAGACUCCAACUUCAACAUUAUCUGAUUUAGAAACAAACACUAGCAUUAGAACUAGCAUUCAUAGACUAAGACACCACAAAUGGUCUAGGGGAGAAAUCUUACAUUAUGGUUUCCUUUCAUCGGUUUGGUUAUUUGUGUUUGUAAUAUACCCAGCAUCCAUCUUGUUUAAACUUCCCGUUUUGCUUGCAUUAUUAACCAUCAUUACUGUCCCAGCAACAUCACAAUUUUUCUUACCUGCCCUUCCUAUUUUGACUUGGUUGGGAUUCUAUUUCACCACCUCCAAAAUACCUCAUUCGUGGAAACCAGCUAUUUCUGUUAAAGUUUUGCCAGCUAUGGAAACCAUUUUAUAUGGUGAUGAUUUAUCAAAUGUGUUGGCAACUGUAACUAACCGUGUAUUGGAUAUCUUGGGGUGGUUACCUUAUGGAUUAUUCCAUUUUGGAGCUCCAUUUGUUGUGGCUGCAAUUAUGUUUUUCUUUGCUCCACCAACUAGUUUAAGAUCAUUUGCUUUUGCCUUUGGGUACAUGAAUUUGUUUGGGGUUAUUAUACAAAUGAUGUUCCCAGCUGCCCCACCCUGGUACAAGAACUUAUAUGGAUUACAACCAGCUAAUUACACCAUGCAUGGUUCGCCAGGUGGAUUGGGUCGUAUAGAUGAAUUAUUGGGAGUUGAUAUGUACACCACUGGAUUCUCCAAUUCGCCGGUUAUUUUUGGUGCUUUCCCAUCAUUGCAUUCAGGUUGUUGUAUAAUGGAAGUUUUAUUCAUGUGUUGGUUAUUCCCUCGCUUGAAAGUACUUUGGGUCUUUUAUGCAUCUUGGUUAUGGUGGAGCACAAUGUACUUGACCCAUCAUUAUUUUGUUGAUUUAACCGGUGGUGCUGUAUUGUCACUUUUGGUGUUUGAAUUUGUCAAAUUCAAAUAUUUACCUAAGGCUAAUAAAUUUUGUCGUUGGUCGUAUACUGAAUUGGAAUAUUACAGCACAGUUAACGAUGACCCUUUAGGGGGCAAUGUUAGCCAGCGCAAUGUCGUUGGUAGUGGUGGUGAUUUAGAAAACUUUGCAUAUUCAAGAGUAUAUCCAUCAUUAGCACAGCAACAGCAACAGCAACAGCAACAACAAGAACAUUCACAAGAGGAAGUAUUUGAGAUGGGUAACAUCUCACGUUCAAGAUCAUUACCAAGAUCAUUUUCUUCCCUUGGAAGUAGUAGCAAUGUUGCUGAACAUAACUUUGAAGAUGAAGAAGAUGUUGGCUCAGGAUCAUCACAAACGCCGUCAGUCUUUGACGACGACACUCAUAACUACGCCCCGUCUUCAACUACAUCAGUAGAAGAUUUAACCAGUAAUACACAGGCUUCGGCUAGUGGUAAUGGGGGACCUGCUGAUAAGUCAAGGCUCGGGAUCAAUGAUGAUUAUUGCGAAGACGACGACGACGAUGAUGAUGAUGAUGAUGAUGAUGAUACUAUGACUUGA